AGAUCGAUCGAUCGAUAGAUAGAUAGAUAGAUAGAUAGAUAGAUAGAUAGAUAGAUAGAUAGAUAGAUAGAUAGAUAGAUAGAUAGAUAGAUAGAUAGAUAGAUAGAUAGAUAGAUCGAUCGAUCGCAUAAUGUUCAACAAAAAUGUCUGCCUUGCAAGGACUGUAUUGUUUCAAACAAGGGCCAAAGCCAGCCGCCAUAGUGAACGGGCAGAAUAAGAAAAAGACGCGGUGUGCUUUUGCGGCCGUGAUCUUGCUUCCUGCUUUGUGGCGAAGAACAACAAAUAAAGUGAGCGCAGGAAACGGGAGGAGGCUCAUUGUGGCUGAGCUUUAGUGCAAAACGUUGAAGAGCAGCGAUGGAGGCCAGCGUCGUGUUCGUUCUCGUCACCGCUCGGCUCUUAAAGGUCAGCGCAGACGUGACCUUUGUGCAGCUGCCAGAAAAGCAGUCUGUGGAGCUCUCGUGCCCCCCUCUGCAGGACCACGGCGGCCUCGCGAGCGUCCACCUGUACCACCGGAGAGGCCAAUCCCAGACCACCCUGCUGUCCUUGGCUCGGGGGAGCUCCGGCGAGCUCCGGCUGGACCCCGACUACAAGCGCCGCCUGCAGCUGUCCGGACGCAACUCCUCGUGGGUCAAGGUGACCCUGUCGCACUUGGAGCAAGGUGACUCGGGCCUGUACGUGUGCGAGAACCUGGACCGGGAAAACGGCUCACAGCGCGUCUUCAUCACUCAGGAGGUCUUCUUGCUGGUCGACGCCUCAGGGAAGCCGUGCCGGUGCUCCUCCAGCUACCCCCCGCUGCUCAUGACCAUCUUUGCGGCGGCGGGCCUCGUCCUGCUCAUGCUUGCGUGGCUUGCCGUGCAAGAGCGCGUGAAGACGAGGCGUCCUCCACCGCCGGCACCCCCAGCUGUUGUUCCCAUCUAUGAGGAAAUGACCAGGAAGCAGCAAAAGUCCGGCGUGCCGCUGAUCAAGCGGGAAGUCCUGGAGGAGGAGCUCACGUCGCCAUUGUAUGCUAACACGUCUGUGAGACAAACGCAGGACAACUACUACGCUUGCCCCAGACACGUCACCACCCUCAGAGCCUGAAUGGAGAUCCGUGUAAAAAAAAAAAAAAAAAAAUCAAAAAAAUUUGUUUUUUAAAGCUGGAAUUACUAAAGGGGUGGGCAAAAUGUAUCUUGCGGCCCACAUCCAGUCCCCCAAUCAUCAAUUUGCCCGCACUGCCCCAACGUGUGAUUGUGAGUGCGACUGUUGUCUGUCGAUUGGCUGGCAACCAGUUCAGGGUGUGCCCCGCCUCCUGCCCGAUGACAGCUGGGAUAGGCUCCAGCACUCCCGCCACCCUCGUGAGGAUAAGCGGCUCAGAUAACGGAUGGAAGGAUGUAUUUACAUUUUUGUUCCCGACAAAGCCCUUCUUUUGUUUAAAUAAAGCUUAAUUAUUUUUGCUCGGCUCCUAAAUG